AUGGUGCUGGUGGUGAUCAUGAGGAUCCAGGUCAUGGUUAUGAUGGCGACACUGGUAGGACAGGACCCAGGAGAUGCAAGCUGGCCUGAUAAGCGCAAGACUUUGCCUUGGAGAAGUCAACUUCAGCAGAUGGAGAUCCAUGACACCUUCCAGAAAAUCCAGUUGUGGCUCCUGAGAGUUGAGAACGUUUUUGACUUCUCGCAGACCCAUUUUAACCUGGCUCUCGCCAUCUUCAGCUUCCUCAUGGUUUCAGUAAAGAUAAAAAAGCAUUUACUCUGUUGUGUUACAAAGAUUUCUUUGAGACUCGCUGUCAAAGUUGAUGAGGAGGAGUUAAUUCCACGAGGAGGGGGCUUCAUAAAGCACUAUGGCUCUGGCUAUUCCCUGAGUGAGCCUCUGAGGGUGGAGCUGGCUAUUUUGGACACGCUGCACUGGGAUCUCUCUACUGGGACACCGCUGGACUUCUCGGCCCCAUUCCACUCCCUGGUGGCCCUGGGCUGGCCCCGUGUACAGGGCUCGCCCUGGAGGCAUCCUUCUCUCCAGGCCGCCUCCCUGACCAGGCAGCUGAAGCCCCGAGUCCCUGGCCACCAGUUGUUAAAGUUCAAGGGCUCCACACUGACCUCGGUCAUCAUCACUUUAGAAUUGGGCAGGCUCACGCCCGGCUAUGCUCCUGCGUCUGGUCUGCUAAAGAAGGCGCUUUAG